AUGUCGAAUUCAUCUGAUAGGCCAUGGACUGAGGAGGAUAAGUACACCCUACUCACGGAGAUCCUCAAAAAAGCCGAAAUGCCUUCCAGUCAUUUAGUCAACUUGAUUAAAGACUUCAACGUCACUCCAAACUGGGAGCAUAUCCCCCUCCCACAAGGUCGUUCACUCAGCGCGUGCAAAACAGCCUUUCUCAAUAUGUGCUCACAGGCCAUCCACCCUCCAAAACAUCCUGCGCCGUUUCCACGCUCCGACAUGACCGGUCCGCCAGCGCCAGAUCCCAUGCGCAAACGGCCAUUGUACCCAUCCGACAAGCCAUUACCACGCGCUAUCCAGCCCAGACCACCGGCCAGCAUCGCGUCCUAUAGCAGCGAAAGUGGUGCCUCGGCUCAACUCUCCCCAAGACUAGAUCCGGGCACCGGUGAACCACCUCGCAAAAGAGGUCGCCCGAGCAAAGCAGAAACAGAACGGCGCAAAUUGGCAGCAGAAGCCCGCGGUGAAACCUACCCUCCACCUCGUCGUUCGAAUUCAGCCAGACUCAAGAUCCCUCCUUCGCCGACCAGCCCGGUGGCUGGCCCUUCGACCCCGUUUCCGCAAUCGAUCGCGUCUCAAGCUUUCGGACCAAAACAAGGUCACAUGCAAGCUCAUGGCCGGAGCCACAGCCAUAGUAUUGGCCACGUGCCGAGUCCAAUGAUGUACGAAGCAUCUGCAAUGCGCUCAACAGUCCCACCAGGCCCGUCAAUAAAUGAUGAAAGACGCGAUGUUCCAAGUCGACGUAUGCCUGGUCCUGGUCCUGGUCCUGGUCCUGCUGCUGUCGCCGGCCCCGGCCCCGGUCCCAACAUGCGCGAGCUGCCCCGACCAACAGAAAUGAGCCAUCCUCUCCCAGCACCACACACUCUUCAACUAGGUCCCCCAGACGCGUUCCCCAGACUCAGCAACCCAGCGGAACGACCCUACGGCUCCUUUACAAGCAAUGAUAGGUACUCUCCACCGGAAAGUGGCCGCCGUGACUCGGUGACAAGCCGACCCGAUCAACAUCAACCGCCGUAUCCGGAAGGGCGGAUGGGCACGGCGGAGAAACCCCCACGAUGA